CUCUCUUUAUUUUUCUCUCUCCUGAAACCUUAACCCUAAGCCUAACCCAAAGGUCUUGCAAUGAAAGGAAGGAAAUCGAAGGCUGAAACGGUUAAAAAAGCUGAUAGUAGGCUCUCUAUAAAGAGGAAAGCAACCGAUAAAGUGAGCACGAAACAAGUGAAGAAGGAGAAACCUGGAAAGGAUCCUAACAAGCCGGAAAGGCCUCUGAGCGCCCUUAUCAUUUUCAUGGAGAACUUUCGGAAACAGUUCAAGGAGAAAAAUCCUGGCAACAAAUCCGUUGCUGCUCUCGGUAAGGCUGCUGGAGAGAAAUGGAAGUCGAUGUCGACAUCUGAUAAAGCACCGUAUGAAUCUAAAGCAGCUAAGAGGAAGGCCGAAUACAACAAGGUUAUGGCGUCUUACAAUGAGGAGGAAUCUGACAAGUCGAAGUUGGAAGUAAAUGAUGAAGAUGAUGAGGAAGAGAGUGGAGAGGAAGAGGAUGAUGACUAGGCAGAUAAAAGGGGGCGAAAAAAUGGGAAGCAGAGAUGUGUAGGUUUGUAGUACUUCUGAUCAAAAUCUCAUGUGAUUACGAUAAGGAAAGUUGUUUUUGGGUUUUUUCCGUUCUUUGCAAUUGUUUCUGGAUGUUUCUAGUAGCUUAUGGCUGUAUCCUGGCCAUUCGUUGAUCCUGUACUUAACCUUUCGCUUCAUGCUUCAACAACUCAGGUGUAGUUUUCUGUUUCUGGCCCUAUCUCUACAAGAUCUCUGCUAUUGGUUCCCAAACAUAAUUAGUUUGGUUUGGUUUUCU